GGUGGCGUAGAGGUUUGUAUAUCUUAAGGGCGUCUCGCUCGCCUUGUUAGAGUCACCGAUUCUGGCAAGCUCAACGACCAGAUGGGAGCCGAACGUGUAUAAUCCGACUUUUCCAGUCACUCUCAUUCAAUUUCCAAUUUUCAUAAACUUCCUUUCACUCCGGCUGCGCAGUUUACUUUCGUCAAAUCUCGAGCGACACGAUACGUGGCGAAGACGAGAUGGAUUCCAAGGCGGAGAAGCCAACCUCUGCCCGAGGGUCGUACAAUUCCUCAAUCACCAACAUUGACAACCCGAACCAGACGAACGUCAUCGACAAGGGAGAAGAACAGGUACACGAUGAGGUCCUUCAACUCGCCAGGAGGUUGACUACUCAAUCCCAGCAAGGUGGUUCAGCAUCCCUUUUUCCUCUCGCUGGAGACGGACCGUUAGAUCCCAACAGUCCAAAGUUCAACGCGAAGAAAUGGGCCAAGGCAUUCUUCAAAGCCAGGACGGAGUCGCUCGGAGGCACUCCACCCAAGACCACCGGCGUUGCUUUCAAGAACCUCAACGUCUACGGCUUUGGCUCGGAUACCGACUUCCAGAAGAGCGUGGGCAACAUCUUCUUGGAUGCUGGCACAUUGGCGAAGAAGCUGCUCAACAGAAGCCAGAAACGUGUUGAUAUCUUGCACGAUCUGGAGGGCGUUGUGCACAGUGGAGAGAUGCUUUGCGUGCUGGGCCCUCCCGGCUCAGGCUGUUCGACCUUCCUCAAGACCAUCGCUGGCGACACCCAUGGGUUCCAUAUCGAAUCGAAGUCUACAGUGAAUUACCAAGGCAUCCAUCCCGAGCAGAUCCAAACCGCAUUCCGAGGCGAAGCCAUAUACACUGCAGAGGUCGAUCACCAUUUUCCACAACUUACGGUUGGUGAUACCCUCUACUUUGCGGCUGCCGCCCGAUGCCCUAAGAACAUCCCUGCUGGAAUCAAUCGGAAGGAAUAUAUCGGGCAUCUCCGGGACGUGAUUAUGGCCAUGUUCGGCAUAUCACACACCAAGAAUACCCGCGUUGGUAAUGACUUUGUUCGAGGUGUCAGCGGAGGCGAGAGGAAGCGAGUUACAAUUGCCGAAGCUUCGCUAAGCUAUUCCCCAUUGCAAUGCUGGGAUAAUAGCACCAGAGGUCUCGAUAGUGCAAACGCAGUGGAGUUUUGCCGCACACUGAGGACCCAGGCCGAUGUUAUGGGUUGCACUUCAUUCGUUGCCAUCUAUCAAGCACCUCAGGAUGCCUAUGAUCUUUUCGAAAAGGUUCUUGUCUUGUACAAAGGCCGACAGAUCUUCUUUGGCAAAGCUGGCAGGGCCAAGGAAUACUUCGAGGAGCUUGGCUUUGUCUGCCCAGAGCAACAAACCACCGCCGAUUUCCUGACGUCCAUGACAAGUCCGUCGGAACGAAUCGUUCGCCCUGGGUGGGACGACAAAACACCUCGAAGCCCAGAAGAAUUUGCCCAGAUGUGGAAACAGAGCCGUGAUCGAGAACUGCUGAUGGAAGAAAUUGAGGAUUAUGUCGUCCGACAUCCUUUCCACGGAGAACACUACGACAAAUUCCUUGAGUCGCGACGGAUGGAUCAGUCCUCUGCUCAACGCGUCAAGUCGCCAUUCACCUUGUCGUAUCUGCAGCAGAUGAAUCUGACCAUGGGGCGAAGCUUCUUGAUGCUCCGGACAGACCCGAGUCUGACUAUCACCAUGCUCGUCACCAACCUCCUUCAGGCAAUCAUCAUUAGCAGCAUUUUCUACAACUUGCCCGGGACAACAUCAUCCUUGCAGAGUCGCGCCGUCCUCUUGUUCUUCCUCAUCCUGAUGAAUGCAUUCAGUAGCAUCUUGGAGAUCAUCAAUCUUUAUGCUAAACGCAAGAUCAUCGAGAAACAUGCUAGGUACGCGCUCUAUCACCCAAGCGCCGAGGCUCUUUCUUCAAUGGUCGUGGAUCUACCUUAUAAGAUUGUGAAUUCGUUAUUUACGAAUAUCGCAAUGUAUUUCAUGGGAAAUCUACGCCGGGAACCAGGAGCAUUUUUCUUUUUCCUGCUUAUAAUCUUCUCGACCACUCUCACCAUGUCGAUGCUCUUCCGGUUGAUUGGAUCUGUCACAAAAUCCAUUGCUCAGGCGAUGGCACCAUCUGCCAUUAUCCUGCUUUGCUUGAUCCUGUACACCGGUUUCACUAUUCCAGUGCAGUAUAUGCGAAGUUGGAUCAGCUGGGCUCGCUGGGCUAACCCUCUAUUCUACGGUCUUGAGUCCGUCAUGCUCAACGAAUUCGUCGGUAGAGACUUCGACUGUUCCACCUACAUCCCGUCUGGUAUAGGAUACGACAACGUCUCACCAGCCGGCAGAGCAUGCGCCACGCAAGGAUCUGUCCCUGGGCAAGCUACCGUUAGCGGCACCGCGUAUCUCAAAACUGCUUAUGGGUACGAAAACGCCCAUAGAUGGCGCAACUUCGGCGUCAUGAUCGCCUUCAUGAUUCUUUACGCAGUACUGCACCUUGUGGCCACGGAGUAUGUUGCAUCGGAGCGUUCCAAAGGAGAGGUGCUGGUGUACGUUCGCAAAGCGUUGAAGAACCUCAAGAAGUCAGCUGGUGAUCUCGAGAGCGGUCCAGUUACUUCAACCCAUCAACAAACCUCUGACGGUAACACCUCAGGUGCUGAAGUCGAAAAACAGACCUCUAUCUUCCACUGGAGGAAUGUCUGUUAUGACAUCAAGAUCAAGGGAGAGCCUCGUACAAUCUUGGAUCACGUUGAUGGCUGGGUGAAGCCAGGUACUCUCACGGCGCUAAUGGGUUCUUCUGGCGCUGGUAAGACUACUCUUCUCGACGUUCUUGCUAGUCGUGUCACUAUGGGUGUUGUCACAGGCGACAUGCUUGUUAACGGCAAGCUACGGGAUGAGUCCUUCCAACGGAAAACUGGCUACGUGCAGCAGCAAGAUCUCCAUCUUCCCACCUCGACUGUUCGCGAAGCUCUUGCUUUCAGUGCCCUACUUCGGCAACCGCCGAAAUAUAGCCGCCAGGAAAAGCUCGAUUAUGUGGAGACAGUUAUUGGUCUUCUUAAUAUGGAGGAAUAUGCCGAUGCUGUUAUUGGCGUGCCUGGUGAAGGCCUCAAUGUUGAGCAGCGCAAGCGACUGACAAUUGGUGUCGAACUUGCCGCUCGUCCUCAGCUUCUUCUCUUCUUCGAUGAGCCUACUUCAGGCUUGGACAGUCAGACAUCAUGGUCUAUCUGCAACCUGAUGGAGAAGUUGACCAAGAAUGGUCAAGCUAUCCUGUGCACUAUCCAUCAACCGUCUGCUAUGCUAUUCGACAGGUUCGAUCGUCUUUUGCUCUUAUCCAAGGGUAAAACCAUCUAUUUCGGCGACAUUGGCAAGAAUUCGAAAGUUCUCGUUGACUACUUCACGCGCAACGGAGCCCACGACCUUCCCGCAAAGUCAAACCCAGCCGAGUACAUGCUGGAAGUAAUUGGUGCAGCCCCUGGAGCCACUACGGAAAUCGAUUGGCCAGAGGUCUGGCGAAGCAGUUCUGAGUAUCAACAGGUUCAGAAGGAGCUCGAAGGGCUUGCAACCUCGGCCAAUUCCGAGCAGCCGAACGAGGAUCCUUCGAUGUACAAGGAGUUUGCCGCAUCUUCUAUCGAGCAGCAUCGACAGGUGACCAAGAGAGUCUUUGAACAGUACUGGCGAAGCCCUGGAUAUAUCUACUCGAAAUUGCUUCUAUCAAUCGGCACGUCAUUGUUUACUGGCUUGUCGUUCUUGAACGGCGAUAAUACCCAGCGCGGACUUCUGAACCAAAUGUUCGGCGUUUUCAUUUUUCUCAGCAUUUUCCCACAACUGAUCAAUCAGAUCAUGCCCGUUUUCGCCAAUCAGCGUACCAUGUAUGAGGCUCGUGAGCGUCCCUCCAAGGCCUACUCUUGGAAGGCGUUUAUGAGUGCCAAUAUUGUCGUUGAGCUUGCUUGGAACUCGCUCAUGUCCGUGUUCUGUUACGUCUGCUGGUACUUCCCUAUCGGUCUCUAUAGGAAUGCGAGAUGGACCGACAGUGUCGAUUCACGAGGCAUGACAAUGUUCUUGCAACUUUGGAUAUUCUUCAUGUUCGCCAGCACGUUUGCACACCUGAUGAUUGCAGGAGUUCCAACCGCCGACAUAGCUGGAGGCAUUAUGAACCUCUUUUUGAUCAUGAUGUUCACAUUCUGCGGUGUUCUCGCUGGACCGGACGCCCUCCCUGGCUUCUGGAUCUUCAUGUACCGCGUCAAUCCUUUCACUUACAUCAUCGAGAGUUUCCUGGGUACAUCACUAGGCAAUGCUCCCAUGUACUGCAACACUAACGAGUUCAUCCGCUUCGCUGCCCCGAACGGUACGACUUGCGGAGAGUACACUGCCGACUACAUAUCCAGAGAAGGAGGUUACUUGGCCAAAUCAGACGCUACGGACUGCCAGUACUGUGCAAUGUCUAAUACCAACGAAUUCUUGGCUAGUGUGAAUGUCAGCUUUGACCACAGAUGGAGAAACUUUGGGUUCAUGUGGGUCUACUGCAUUUUCAACAUCGCCAUGGCGUUGGUGUUUUACUGGCUGGCAAGAGUUCCGAAGACCAAGAAGGCAAAGAGAGAAUAGGAGUGACAAGAGCGGUGAAGGUGUCUCUCUCGGAAGAACAAGAAUGCAAGGAGAGACGAUAGGAGUUACCCGCUGUGAACGUCAGUGUCGGCACGUUUGAUCCGGCGGAUGGCUCCGGGGAAGCUAGGAGCAGUGAAGGUGUAUCUCGCCUAAGACAAGAGGCAAAGAUUUUAUAGACAUAGUCGUACAUUUCUCCAUCUGUAAGUUAUUAAUAUAUCAAUCAUUACUAUCU